CAACAUUGCAAACAUCGUGUUUCUCAACCAUCUCAUGAUUUUCAUCAUUUGUACAUGUUAAUAUGUGGGCUGCCAAAAUAUAAGAUUAAUUCUUUUAUGAAUUGAACUCAAAUGGUGAUGAAUGAUAAAAUUACGAAGAUGGAAUGCACUGAAAGAAAUUAGUUUGUUGAAACUUCGUUUUCAAAGCAACAGAAGAACAUUUUGUUCCAAAAGCAGACAGCUAUUUGCCAUGAGCAGCUCUACCAUGGAGCUGACUUUCCUGGGGACAGGCUCAGCCUACCCCUCCCCAUCCCGUGGGGCAUCGUGUGUCAUCCUCAAAAUGGAUGAUGGUUCCUGGAUGUUUGACUGUGGAGAGGGUUCACAGAUUCAGCUACAGAAAAGCAAGGUCAGAGCUGGAAAGGUCAACAAGAUAUUUAUAUCUCAUCUCCAUGGUGAUCAUAUGUUUGGGUUGCCUGGGCUACUGUGUACAAUAAGUGGAAACAACCAGAGAUCAGAGCCAUUAGAAAUCUUUGGACCGGUGGGAUUGCGGAGGUUCAUCAGGACCAGUCUAGAACUGUCACGAACCAUGCUGGGAUUCUCAUAUAUUGUUCACGAGAUGAAGGUGUUACCAUGUCAGAUACCACCUGAUGUACAGAAAUGGAAGAUAGAAGAUUCAUGCAAUGAGCAGAGAUUACAUCCAAAUGAAAGGAAAGGGUGCCUUAUUGAGGCCGACUCAGACAACGUCUGGACACUAUUGAGCAAUGACAAAAUCUCUGUGAAAGCAGUUUACCUGAAACACAGGAUUCCAUCGUUUGGUUUCUGUAUCCAAGAAGCUGCAUCACCUGGAAAACUGGAUCUAUCCAAACUGUCAUUACAAGGGGUGAAGCCUGGUCCAUGGUGUAAGGAAGUGAAAGAGGGCAGAAUUGUCACGCUACCAGAUGGGAGAACGAUUGACCCUGCUGAUGUAGUGGGACCCCCAAAACCUGGUCGCAAGGUAAUUAUUAUGGGGGACACCUGUAAUUCCUCGGAGAUCUACACAGUGGGAAUGGAUGCUGAUGUACUUGUACAUGAAGCCACUCUACAGAAUUCACUCAAGGACAUGGCGCUAGAGAAGGGCCACUCGACACCAGGAAUGGCUGCCGAGGUUGGCAAGGACCUAAGGAUUAGACUGCUGGUGCUGACUCAUUUCAGUCAGAGAUACAUGCCUGUGUCUGAUGAAUAUGUGGAGGAAGAAACAGUUUCCAUUCUUGUUAAAGAAGCUCAGGAAAUCAUGGGGCCAAACCGAGUACUUGCUGCUGAGGAUUUCCUCUCCAUCACCAUCCCUCUACGCCCCGCCCCUCAGACAGAGGGGUCAGAGGUCAAUGAACACAACCUAGCAGUGUUCAAGCAGUCCUCAGCUCUCAAAGAGGACCAUGCAGAAAACUCUCAGGUCAAGAAAAAAGUUCUCAAGCAUAAUGGAGAGGAGAAUGAACUGACCUCCACAGAGGAAGUAAAGGCCAAAAGGUUAAAGGUCGAAGAGCCCCCCUCAUGACACAAGGACUGAUAAAUAGUGAAGAAUUAACUUUUUUAUUUAAAGAAAAAAACUAGCACAUUUAUUGACAAUUACAUUUGCUGUCAUUAAACAUAAAAUUACAUGUAUUUGCUUUUAUAACAUCUGAACCUCUGUCAUUAUAUCUACAUUUGUAAAUAUUUAUUAUAUGUACCUCAUGUUUACGGUUUGAUUAAAAUCAAUUGAAUUGAAUUUAAAAUAUACACUGAAAUAAAGUGUUUAAAUUAUCA